CUCUCUCUCUCUCUAAAAGAAACUCAGAUACACCUCAAGAAUGGAGAAUUCAGUUGAAGCGUACUUUAGCUACAAUUGACAGCCGAACCCCAACUCAUCAUCAUCUUCUUCCUCUUCUUCUCCUUCAUCUUCUUUCUGCCCCAAAGGCCAUCAUUACAUAGUAAGGAAGGAAAAAAGAGCAGCAUCGAAAAGGAAGCGAGAAAGUGAAAAGGAUAGAGCAGAAAACACAACCCAGAGCCAAGUCUCCUUAUUGUUACUUUUGUCCCCCCCUUUUCUUCUCCACUAUCUUCCUCUCUUUUUGAUAACACCCCUCUCUCUCUCUCUCUCUCUCUCUUUGCAAUUUGCCUAAUUUUGUGUAUGUAACCAAGAACUGAUGGAUCCAGCUUCUGCUCAUGGCCACUCUCUUCCUCCACCCUUUCACACCAGAGACUUCCAGCUCCAACAGCAGCAACACCAGUUCCUCCACCACCCGCCGAGCUCCGAGGAUGAGAGGAGUGGCGGCAGCGGCUCCCUCAAACGGGAGCGCGAUGACAGCAACAACGGCGACAACAACCCUAAGGGCGGUGAAUUUGGCAAGGACCAACAGCUCAUGGUUGGCGGUCAAGGCGGAGAGGGAGAGAUCACGAGGAGGCCCCGAGGGAGGCCAGCUGGAUCCAAGAACAAGCCGAAGCCCCCCAUCAUAAUCACCCGGGACAGCGCCAACGCGCUCCGCACCCAUGUUAUGGAGAUCGCGGAUGGCUGCGACAUCGUCGAGAGCGUCGCCACCUUUGCAAGGCGGAGGCAGAGUGGGGUGUGCAUAAUGAGCGGGAGCGGGACUGUCACCAACGUCACCCUCAGGCAACCAGCCUCGCCGGGUGCGAUCGUCACGCUGCACGGCCGGUUCGAAAUCCUAUCCCUAGCUGGGUCGUUCCUGCCGCCUCCCGCGCCACCUGCAGCCUCAGGGCUGACCAUAUACUUGGCAGGUGGGCAAGGGCAGGUGGUUGGGGGGAGCGUCGUGGGGACGCUUAUCGCCUCGGGCCCCAUCGUGAUCAUGGCGGCCUCAUUUAGCAAUGCUGCGUAUGAGAGGCUGCCUCUGGAGGAGGAUGAUGCUGGAAUUCAAGUCCAAGGAGGGAGCAUGGGAUCCCCAGUCAGCGGUGUUGGAGGGCAGACACCACAACACCAGCAGCCACCGCCACAGCUCAUGGGAGAUCCGAACAACGCGGGACUAUUUCACGGGUUGCCUCCAAAUCUCCUCAACUCGAUACAAAUGCCAUCCGAAGCUUACUGGUCUGGAGCUAGACCGCCUUACUAGCGAAAAAUUUCAGUUAUGUUCCUUUCUCUUUUAAUUCUAAUAUCUCUCUCUCUCAUGAGCACAUUGAAGCUUGCUAGGAGAUAGCCGGAACUUUUGUAGCUACUAGUGGAAGCAAUCUGUGGUUUUAUUUUUCUUCGAAUGAACUUUAGGUUUUCUGUCUUCUUCGAUCGAUUAGCUGAUUUCAUUUCUCAUUUUUCCCGACUAGGCCUAGGAAUGAUUGUGUUUGAUUUGAAGAACCAUGUAAAUUGGGCGGUGAGGCGACUUCUGUGAAAUCUUCCGUCGAUGUUGCUCUUGCAUUAUAGGAUCUGAGGAACUUGGAUUUGAUAGAAUUU